AUGUCGAGGAACAGCAGUGCCACGAAUCUUCGGAAGGAGACGUCCACCCCGAACAGUUUAGUGGAAUUUCCUCAACCAGGAGACAGAGGUCCAAAUGCGAACUUAGCAGCUCAAAUCUCUUCUUCCUCUACACCUGGCGUCCCAUCUCGAACCUCAUCUCCUGUAAUUACACCCACAUCGCAGCAGACUCCUCCGAAGCAUCGCAGGGUCUCGGCUGCAAGGGAGACUCGCAGGGAAGCCUCUCCGUCACCGGUUAGGUCAUUAUCAUCCACAUCAAUUGCGAGAUUGGCGAACUCUGCAGCAUCCCAAUCAUCUUCUGCAGUUGCGCAAGCACCUACUAGCGGUACGACUACGAAUCAACAACCAGCCAUGACUACGGAACCUCCACAACCCCUCUCUCCUCGCCCACAGCGGCCAAUUCACCCAAAUGUCCCCCAUUGGCCGACAUCCCCACGUUUAAGUCUCCCACGUUCUCCGCCUCCUAUGAACCGUUCUUCCUCUUUAACUUCUCCACGAAGACUGCCGGACUCGACGCUUACACUUCCACCACCAUCUAUGGCUGUUAGAGGAAGAGAAAGCCCGGGCCGAGGACCCUCUGGUGACGAGUCACACGAAGGCUCGUCUUCAUACUUUCACAGUCAUGGACAGCGACCGCCACGGCCGAUCGCUAGCCCAGCGUUGCUUGAAACCGUUACCGAAAGCAGCUUACCAAGUACUCCUGCCAUCGGGAUGGGGGAGAGAAGUAUCGAUGCUCGGCUUCUAGAGGCGGAACAACGACGCCAGGAGACUUCUAGCAUGAGUACUCGUCCGUCAGAGUCUAGUAUUGCAAGCAGCAGAACGACAACUCAGGAGUCUGAAUCAGAUACAGGCAACCUCAGUGAUCGAAAACCUGCUAGUCGAGCUCCUUCAAGGGCAGUUUCCCGACGACCGACAGUUACAAGCGGUCCGCUGGCCCAAGAUUUAAGCGGUGGAUUGACCCCUGAAAUCGAAACAGUUACAUCGAUCCCUCAGCAGAUGAAUCCACCAGCUACCGUCAGACUAUCUAAAAAAGCCAGUCAAGAGACGAUACGCCCAGCGAAGAAGGAGAAACGAAAGAAAGCCAAACGAGUCCCUGGACCUGGAGCUCAGACCACAAAGGCGGACAUCUUUGAACAAAGGAUUAAUGAUACCCUAGAUGACGCCGAAUCGUCUGAUAGCGAGGAAACAUUUGUCUACGAGUCUAAUCCUGCCGAGAAGACAAGACCGAGGCAUUCGCGAACUUCUAGCGUCACUUCGCUUUCGGAUCCUCGUAGCCAAGCGCUCAACACUCAAGGUAGAAAUCGAAGGAAUAUGAAGUUCGGGACCGGUCAUGCGUAUAAGAGCCAACCUCCUGAUGACUAUUACACUUCAGAUGGUGUAGGCUCCAGUUCCAUACGUGGUGGUGUUGGAAGCCAGUCCGGGCUUAGAAGCCAUAUAGGACGCGGAUACACCAACCCAAACCUUGAUGAUUCAAGUGGCCCUCAACUGACAAGAUAUGCGCAGCAUAAGAACUCGCAUCAAUCUCUCAGGACCCCUCAUCAUAUUAGUAGCUCUCGAGCUUCCUCUAGGCCAGGGUCUCCAAGGACAUACGGUAAUAAGCACACCGGUGGAAAUGGAUCUAUAGCACCCAAAGCACGACGAGAAGGUAGUCACCUCUCGAUGUACGAGGGUGAUAUUGAAGGCGAUGCAGACGAGCGAACACCACUUUGGCCUUUGAACAGGAACGGGGUUACUAAGUCACGCCCCGGUAGUGUUAACUCACGCCGCCGUGAUCGCGACUAUGGACAGAGAAAUUGGUAUACUCGGCUCGCCUGUUGUAUUUUUGCGGUUUUCGCCAUGGUUUCACUUGUCGCUUGCUCCUUGGGCUUCGUUUUCCUCACCACGAAGCCGCUCCAGGAUGUCAAGCUUAUCAAUAUCACUGAUGUUAUUGCGACUAAACAGGAGAUGAUGUUCAAUAUGGAUAUCUUCGCAUUGAACCCUAAUAUUCUCCCAGUUUCGAUCGCAACCAUGGAUGUCAACGUCUUUAUCAAGAGCCCUUAUGUCAAGGACAAACCAAAAAAGGAUAAACCAAAGGACGACAUAGACGGUGGGGACAAGGAGGAAGCCUGGUGGAAGAACGUUUUGAAGGGUAAUCUCGGUGCCAAAAUUCAACGACGACGACCCAACAUGGAGAAACCUCAACAUAACCUUCUCGACGAUCAGAGUGUGCGUGCUCUCGAUGGUGUUGACAAGGGAACUGAUCCCAUUAGCGACCCCGCUGAGGAGGAAGAAACCAUGUUGCUAGGGCGUAUCUUCAACUUCGACUCUGCUCUGACUUUUGAUGGUUCACCGUUCCGACAAGAACCGGCUCACGCCAUCGGGGAAGUCCGGCUGUCGAAACCCGGAAACAAAACCGAAGUUGGCGGGAGUGAACGGUGGGAGCGUGCUAUGGUCCAUACAUUCGAUCUUACGAUCCGCGGGUUUCUUCGUUAUCAACUUCCAUUAAGUGGUCGGGUUAGAACUGCUACCAUUCAAGGAACGGUCACAGUCCAUCCGAACGAGGACGCAGCAGACGGGUUCCGAGAACAUGUCGGCUCCGGCUCAGAAUUCCAUGACAAUGAUGCACCGAAAUAA